AUGGAUUAUCUUCCUUUUUUAUUAAAACGAUACAAUCUUGAUCUUCAACCUAGUAAUUCUGAGUAUAUCAAUAUUGAAUCUGCCAAAUCUGUUCUAUAUUCAGGUGCUCAUAUUGCUACUUCAAAUCCUUAUGAACAUUAUCAUCAUGGUAUUGUUGUCGAUACGAACACACCUGAUAUAUCCAUUAUUCAUUUAUGGGGUCCUGAUAAAGAAUCGGGCCGUGUUCAAACUACUACUCUGCCAAUAUUUCUUGCUGGUGGUAUUCAUAAUCUAGGCAAGAAAACACGUCAUCUUUAUUUAAUCAAUUAUGAUAAUGAUACUUUCGAAAAACAACAAGAAACAGUUAAAGUAGCAAAAGAAAUGCUUGAAAAAGCUGAUGAUAUUAUAUAUGACAUAGCUACUUUAAAUUGUGAAAGUUUUGCUUGUUUUUGUCGAACAGGAAAAUGGGAUAGUGAACAAACCGAAAGAAUCAAAAAAUUAUUCGUACAAAAAGGUUUAGACAUUUAUGAACAAUUGCAAAAUGCUAAUACAAAAAAUAGAAAGCAAAUUUAUUCAUUAUUACAAACCAUUCCACCGAAUACUUUAAAUCAAGCAGAAGAAUUAUUGUAUAAUCAACUUUGUCAACAUCAUGAUAAUGAAUCAUUCGAACAAGAAUAA